AUGGAUGUGUGUGAGUUGGUGUGGAUGUGGAUGUGGCUGUGGGAGUUGGUGUGGAUGUGGGUGUGGGAGUUGGUGUGGAUGUGGAUUUGGCUGUGGGAGUUGGUGUGGAUGUGGAUGUUGCUGUGGGAGUUGGUGUUGGUGUGGCUGUGGCUGUGGGAGUUGGUGUGGAUGCGUGUGUGUGUGUGUCUGUGUGUGUUGGUGUGGAUGUGGCUGUGGCUGUGGGUGUGGGAGUUGGUGUGGCUGUGGUUGUGGGAGUUGGUGUGGAUGUGGGUGUGGGAGUUGGUGUGGAUGUGGGUGUGGGAGUUGGUGUGGAUGUGGCUGUGGGAGUUGGUGUGGAUGUGGUUGUGGGAGUUGAUGGUGUGGGAGUUGGUGUGGAUGUGGCUGUGGGUGUGGCUGUGGCUGUGUGAGUUGGUGUGGAUGUGGCUGUGGGUGUGGGAGUGGGUGUGUGAGUUGGUGUGGGUGUGGGAGUGCCAGCAGCUGUCGCGUAACGUACUAUUACUGGCUAGGGAAUCUCGGGAGACCGUCACAUCGUUCUCUGUGAAGGGAAUCUCGGCAGACCGUCACAUCGUUCUCUGUGAUGUAGUACUCGUGAAUACGUUGUGA